UGGUAACAUUUAUAACAAACAUUGUCAAAGAAAGAAAUACGCCAUUUUGUCGUGGUAGUUUUUUAAUCGUAGUGAUUUUUUUUAUUCGUGUUAAUUAUUUCUCCAACAGUGCAAAUAAGCUAAUUCUACUCAUAUCUGACCAUCAUACAGUGCCUAACUAUAGUGAAAAGUGUGUCGAACAAUUUUGUUUUAAUAACAGGACGUUAUCGCUUGUUAUGAUUGUGUGCAAGUGUUUUCGCGGGUAAAUUUGAUUUAGACAACAUGUUGGGGAAGAGAAUGCACCAUAACAGCAAGGGGAGGCUAGCUAGCAAAGGCCACGAUAAUGGCAAACCCUCAAGUCCAGGCAUUUCACCUUACAACAAGCCUGCAAAAAUACCAGGUGCCGUAUCUGCCGGUAAAACCAAGGUGGACUUGUGCCCAAUACCCUAUAUUAAGAUUCAAGAUAAUGCUGUGCACCUGCCGCGCUUCACCGCUAUCGCAGCUAGGUCUGCUGAUGAACCCAUUGGGAUGGAUGAGUUAGACUCCCUACAGUUAGAGCUUGAGUCUCUCUUGGGUAAUACAGCUCUUCGCAUAAGAUAUUUCCAGUCGGAAAUUGAAAGUAUUGAUACAAAUGAAUCUAAAAGAGAAAAGAAAGGAAAAGCUGCUGGGAAACAGUUGCAGUACCCUGUUAAAAGAAAAUUUCCUGAUGACAAAAUAGUGAAAACAAAUAGCACUAAAUUAUCAAACCAGCCGAAAGUGCCUAAAUUCAAAAACAUGUCCAAUGCUUCCUCUGGGGGAUCUCAUAACUAUACAAAUGAUAUUGCUAAUUCAGAUAAUUCAGUAAAGCUAGAAUUGUCACAGUUUGCACUGCCAAAGAAUAAUAUUCCGUACAAAUUCUGGAGUUCUGUGGAUCCUUAUUGUGCACCUGUAACUUUGGAUGACAUCAAGUUUCUGGAAUCAUUGCUGGCUCAGAGCAGCAACACAACACUGCCACCCAUACCACCACUUGGCCGUCACUAUUCUGAAGUUUGGGCUGAUGAGCAUCUGGCAGAGGAUCAGAAUGCUUCUAAUCCUAAUAAACAGAAAUCAUCUAUGUCGCCUGAAGCUUCCAGCAUUCGUAAAAAACUUGACAAAUCAAAUGACAACUUGAUUAGUGGCCCUUUGACACAACGGUUGGUUUCAGCACUCAUGGAAGAGAAUCUAAUGAAUUAUGAAGUGCCUGAUAUUAAAGUAAAGCAGACAACAAAUGCCAAAACUAGUUAUAAGAAUUCCCUUACUUUAGAAAAAUGCCUUAGAAAAGAGUUAGUGGAGCAAGGUAUAUUGGAUCCAGAAGAUUUGCCACCACUGACCAACCCAGCUGAUGAUGAGAUACUGGCAGAAAUCAAAAAAUGCCAGACUGAGUUGACAGCAGUUAAAAAAGACAAUUGUCGCAAUCUGAAACAUCUCAUUGGGCUGUGUAAACAAGAAAUGAUUAGACUGAAUCUUAAGAAACAGCUAGAUCAAGUUGAUAUGGAGUGUAUUGAUAUUUAUAAGAAAAUGGUUGCCGCCAAACAGAAAAAGCGACCCAUCACUAAGAAAGAAAAAGAAGAUGCAUGGAGAGCUAUUAAUGAACAGAUCAGGCUAAACAAAGAAAUAAAUGCGUUACCUUUAACUGGUCCAAAUUCAAGCUAAAUUAUGUUAUCAUUUUAAGUAUUUCUUGGGGUAGUUUAAGAUUGUUAUAGGUACCUAUUAUUUAGAAAUAAAUAACAUUAAUGAUUAAAA